AUGCUUAAGUUGCCUAAUCAUUUGGGAUUUUGUCAGCUCAAAUUGCUUCAUCUUUUGGAGGUUGAGUUAUCGAACGAGCAUUUGAUGAGUUGCUUGUUCUCAACAUGUCCUCUUCUUGAAAAACUAAUACUAGGAGAUUGUACUUUUGGAACUAUGACUGUGCUUGAUAUUGCUUCGACAUCCCUGGUUUAUGUAUAUUUAGUAAACUAUAGGGGACUAAGUUACAGCAAUUGUAAUGUCAAAAUUUCUUGCCCAAAUCUCAAAGUCUUGAAAUAUGGUGCUCUAAUGGCAAAUGAUAUAAUUAUAGAGAAUCUCUUCUCUAUAGAAGUUGUUCACGUCUACUUUUUCGAUGUGGAUGACACCUUAAAGGAAAUUGGCAUGCUUACAUAUAACAUGAUCAAGAAUGUUCCUUCUACGUCAGCUUUGAAAUUAUGCAUGGUUUCUGUUCGGGGUGUAUAUCAGAUGGCUCAUGAAAUAAGUAGCUCUCCGGUCAUGUUUUAUAAGCUCAAGUCCUUAAAAUUGACAGUAGGAACAAAUGAAGCUUGCAUGCAAGCUAUGAUAUUAUUGCUCAAGCAUUCUCCUAAUUUGGAGAUUCUUAAUUUGUUUUCGGAUGAGAAUUUUGGCUGGGAUGAGAACUGGAAGCUGCAUGACCCUAGUGAAAGCAUCGUGUGCUUGGAAUCUCAUCUAAAGUUGAUUCAGUUGACUGGUUUUAAAUAUGAAGAAAAUGAGAUGGAGCUACUAAGGUUUUUCCUGAAGAAUGCACGAGUAUUGGAAAAAUUGAUAGUUGUUUGGGCCGACUUUGCUUGCAUAUCAAAAAAGGCAUCAGAGGUGGUUUUGAAGUAUCCCAAAACUUCUUCCCAUGCUGUUGUGACAUUUCUUGAUGUCAACCCCAAACCAAAAAUAUUUUACCGGCACAAUAUAAUUUAAAAGAGGUUUUGAUUGUCAGAAGUAUCUAUGAGCUGGGGAAGGAAGGUCAAUUCAAAGUAAAGUAUUGCUAUAGGAGUGCUUGUUAAAUCUUUUUUACUUGGUGGAAAACUAUGUAACAGAAAUAGCCUUUCUUUAUUCUGGAACUUUAUCAGCUCCUUAAACUUUUGUUAGGAUAUGAGUCAAUGUACAGGAGCUAAUCCCAUUUUUUAUAUCUUGAAUGUAUCUGUUGGAUUUU